GGCUCGAGCGGCUGCUCUUGCUGCUCGACACUGGGUCAACGCAGGCCACACGGCGCGCUGCAGCCGGGCAGGUCGGCGAGGUCCUCCGCUACCACCCGCACGAGCUCUGGUCGCUCCUCGCCAAGGUGCAAGUGUUCCUGAGAUCGAGAUCGUGGGACACGCGCGAGGCAGCGGGAUUUGCACUGGACGCGAUUGCGAGAAACGUCCCGCUGUGGGAUCCUGUCAAGGCAGCGCAGGCUAUCGCGCAACAAGCACCAACAGCAACGCACGCAACCGCUACUGAGCAGUCGCAAGGAGAUCUAGAAGAGGCAACAGCAGAAACCCCAACUCCGAUGGACACGUUCGAAGCCGACGACUCGAAGCUCUCGUUUGUCACGUUCGACUUGCAGCGCGUCUUGACACGCGGACGAGCCUUGCUUGCGUCUGUUGGAUCCGAGUAUGACGUUGAUUUGUCUGGAAUGGAUCCUCGUGAACGACUCAUGAUGCAACGACGCAACUUGCAAGAGCGACUGGGAUUGGGUCGCUCCAACAAUGAUGGCGAUGGUGAGGUGGACGAGCGCCGUGCACGGUUGAAUUCUGCGUUGCCGACUGGCGUCGAAUCGGUCAUUACCGACGAAGACUUGAUCGCGCCAGUGCAACGACCCAAACGAAAGCUCGAGGAUGGCACCGAAGUGGACGACAGCCUUGGCUCCUCCAGCAAUACCACCGAGGUCGAGGAGCUUGUUGGAUCGGCAAUGAGCGCGAGACAGCGCAACCGGCUCAAACGCCAGUCCAAAUCGGCUGUCGCCAUCUCAGCGACGACUUUGGAUGCAGCAGGCGCUGGCAGCAAGCGGUCUUCUGCCUCCACUCGUGCUGUUGUGACGGAUCAGGCCGGCAAUGGAGACAAGAUUGUGCUCGAGGCAAUUACAGACGCGCAUGCCACACUCGCUUCAGCCGAUGAAUGGCCAUUCGAGCUGCUGUGCGAUGAUCUGCUGAACAAGCUGUUUGCUCCAGCUUGGGAAAUUCGGCAUGGCGCUGGUGUUGGUCUGCGAGAGGUGCUCAAAACGCAUGGUGGACAAGCCGGAAUGAGCGCCCGUGCAACGCCUGAAAUCAACGAGCGGUUGCGCAAUCAGUGGCUGGAAGACGCCGCCAUCCGCCUGAUUUGCGUGUUUGCGCUCGAUCGUUUUGGCGACUUUGUUUCCGACCAGGUUGUGGCACCCGUGCGCGAAACGUGUGCCCAGACCCUCGGCGCCAUUCUCAAGUUUGCCAGCCCUGCCACCGUAGCCAGCGUUGUCGACUCGGUGCUGGUGCUUGCCCAACAACCGCAGUGGGAGACACGCCACAGUGCGCUCGUUAGCCUCAAGUAUGCGAUUGCCGUUCGCCACGACAUGGCCGAGCAGCUUUUGCCCCGAUUUCUUCCUGCCGUGCUCGCCGGUCUGCAGGAUCUGGACGACGAUGUGCGUGCCGUGGCCGCCAAUUCGCUCUUGCCCAUUUGCGAAAGUGUCAUCAACUAUUCGGAUGAAAACGAUGCCGGCGCCACGAUUGCCCGAGUGCUGUCAUUGCUGUGGGAAUCGCUGCUGGAUUUGGACGACCUGUCCGCGUCCACCUCCAGCGUGAUCAACCUGCUUGCCGAGCUGCUGGGCCAUAGUGGCGUGUGCCUUCGCGUUGCUUCCGGCGCCUUGGUCGUCGAUGGCCGCCCGCAGCCCCCUCUGCACGUGUUGGUGCCUCGCCUGUGGCCAUUCUUGCAUCAUGCCAUGUUGAGCGUCCGCCGUGCCACGUUGCGCGCGCUCGAAGGCCUCGUUGAGGUCUCCAUCCAACUUCACAAUGACCAGCAUCACGAUUUGGCACAGUUCAAGAAUCAAGAAUGGGCAGAAGACACGUCCGAUGAUGAACAGGACGCCCCGCCAGACAACGGCAGCGGCGCAACACCGAUGGACUUGGACGUCAAGCCUUCCCAGUCAAGGCUGGCCAUGUGCGUUGCGGGAGCCUCGCCUGCGUGGUGGAUUAUUCGACGCCAUCGCCGAACGUUGCGGCACCUCAUUCAGCAGCUGCUACUGGAAAAGGAGGCUACCUUGUUGAAGGAUACGCUUCGCGUCUGGCAUCGGCUGGUGCGGUUUGCCUUGCCCAUCGUUGUCUCCGCCACCCGCUCGCUUCAAAAGCUUGAGGCUCUGGUGUUGAGCUGGAUGACCCUUGCGAUCACUCCCCAAGGGAUUGCGCUCAAUUACCAGGACUUGCUCCUUCCAUCGAUUGCGCAGCUCCAAGCGCAGCAACAACGGCAGCAGCAGCGACAAUCCGUCAAAAUGCAAUCAUUCGAGUCUCAAGCGAAUCUUCCACCACCACCACCACCGCUCGCAUCACCGCCACCACCAGGGCCUGUGGUGAAGCGGCCACGAAAAGCUACGGCUGCUCGCGCACCAGCACCCGCCGAGCCUCCUUCCGCUUCCAGUGCCAGCAUUGUGGCCUCGUACUAUGGCCAGCUCCUGAUUGGUAACAUUUCAGACCGCUCGAUUUUCGACUUUGCCGAGGUGCAGCGCUGUCGACUGGCCGCGUUCGAGGCAAUUGCUGCCGUUUGCAGGCACUGGCCUUCCACCGCGCUCGCGGGCAUCGAGUCCACCUUGCGGGGUCUGCUCAGUUCCACCUCGUUUGCUCGACGCGUGGCUGCUGGCGCCAUUCUGGCGGAAUGGGCGACCUUCGACACCCUGGACGUGCCAAGCUCAGUGGUCACGACGCCGCCCGCCACGUUGCGCCCAGUGCUUACACAAAUGCUAGAAGAAGCCGGCAAUACCACGUCCUACGUCGAGCUCACUGCAUUCAUCGAGGACAUGCGGACAGAGUGUGGAGCGCUGCUCGGCACGUUUGCCGAACGCGGGCUUCCCAAAGAGUCGCUCUCCAGCGCUGGUGAUUGUCGCAUGUACGCUCCGUUGCACGCCAACGAGCUGGCAACCACGUUUUUUCAAGCGUGGACUGUCCAUCUGGAUGCCUUCGACACGACAGUCAUCCAGCACCACCAGGCGCAAAUCUCGCAGCUGGCGGCGCAAGUGCUCACCCCGAUGGCUGCCCAGCAACUGCGGCAACUGGAGUCGCAGCUGCGCUUCAAACAGCAGCAAAUUCAACGACUUGUUGAUCAGUGCAUCAGCAAACGCUCGCGCAUUCAGUCCGCCGUUGCCGCGCUCGAGUUCAACCACGAGCGCAUGCACAUCAAGGUGCUGUCCGCGCUCGCGUUUGCCUUGAUCGCAAUGGACCCUCGGCCAGACAAGCUCAAUCCCAUCGUUCGCCCGCUCAUGGAUGCUGUUCGCAAGGAGCAAGAUGAGCCACUGCAUUGGCGGGCUGCGCGCGGACUUGCCGUCUUGGUUGAUCGCUGUGUCGACCGCACUCCCUCUCCGAACGACAAGAUUGUUCGUGCCGUGGCCGGCAUGCUCGCUGCAGACGCGGCGCACACGCCGCAGCUGCCCACUGAGGGCAAUCCCAAGCAAAUUCUCGACGACUGGGAGCUGGGGAUUGUCACUGCGCGGCACCAACGAGAGGCAGACCUGGCAGAUGCGACGGCGGGCGGUAGAGGCUCGUCAACAGCAGUGUCAAAAGCCGGCGACGACGAUGUGGCCGCCGCACAGGCCAUUGCUAUUAGCUCUGGUGCAGCAACAAGCAGCUCGGGAGCCGACAUUUCAGCUGCGAUCGCACGCGACGGUGCAGAACUCGUCCUUCGCGCAGCAUCCGAGCGGUUUCAAAACAGCAUUUUCAGCAUGCUUCCUCGCUUGUGGGGGCUGCUGUCCGAGCCAAUGAUUGAGCUGUUUGGGCCGCUGGACUCGCCCAACUUGCUAUUGGCCUCUGCGACCUUUGAUCUCGCUUGGAGCGACGCCUCUCGUGCCUUGAUGGAUGGGUCUGCAAAAGCACUCGAACGGACUCGCGAAGUACUGCUCUCGCUGCAACUGCUGGAAUGCCUGUCGACGUGCUUGCCACAGGGCGCCGCUCUGGACCAGAUUUGGACACAACUGACUGGUCCCACGCUGUCUUGUCUGGCCUAUCCGAAUCGUGCCGUACGCCAUCUCGCAGCACGGACAGUGGCUGCUUUGUGUUGCCGCUUCCCUGUUGCUGCCGUACAAGCGGUAAUUUUCCACGUUCUGCCCCUGCUCCAAGACUCCACACAAAUCACGCGCAGGCAAGGCGCGGCUGAAGCACUCUUCCAUGCCAUCGAUCGUCUCGGAACCGACAUUGUUCCCUUCUCGGUGCUGUUGAUUGUGCCUCUGCUGGGAUCGAUGAGCGAUUUCGACCCAGACGUCCGCCAGCUGGGUACAUUGACCUUUGCUGCGCUUCUCAAGCUGCUCCCGUUGGAGCCCGGCACCCCGUCGCCUGCUGGCAUGCAUCCCGCACUCUCGGCUCGCCGCACACGAGAUCGCCACUUCCUCGAGCAGCUCAUGGACCCAAGCAAGUUGGACAGCUACCCCGUCCCCGUUACCAUCAAGGCAGAGUUGCGCAAGUAUCAGCAGGACGGCGUAAACUGGCUGCACUUUCUCAACCGCUAUCGGCUUCAUGGCAUCCUUUGCGACGAUAUGGGCUUGGGCAAGACACUGCAGUCGAUCUGCAUCCUCAGUGGUGAUCAUUUCGACCGCAAGCAACGUCGUGCCGCGGCCGCAAAGAGUGGCGGUCAAGCACAGGCCGACAAUUUUGUACCUGCGCUUGCAACCAGUUUUAGCGAUGGCACGGACAGCGCAGACGCGACGUUUGCCAGGUUUGAGCGCGCGUUGGAAUCCGACCACUCGCAUCUGCCAUCGCUGGUGGUCUGCCCUUCGACACUGAUUGGGCACUGGUUUUAUGAGAUUCGCAAGUUUGUGGAUGACUCCAUCCUUCAGCCGCUCAUGUACAAUGGGACUCGGCAGGAGCGGCUUGAGCAGCAGCGGCAGUGCGCACGUGCCGACGUUGUGAUUGCGUCCUACGAAAUUGUUCGCAACGACAGCGACUUUUUCCAGCAGCAGCAGUUCAACUAUGUCAUUCUCGACGAGGGUCACAUUAUCAAAAAUCCCAAAUCGAAAAUCACUCAGGCCGUCAAGGGCAUUCCCAGCAACCACCGCUUGAUCUUGAGCGGCACGCCGAUUCAGAACAAUGUGCUCGAGUUGUGGUCCCUGUUUGACUUUUUGAUGCCGGGCUUCCUGGGCACCGAGAAGCGAUUUGCGGACGUGUACAGCAAGCCCAUUCUUGCAAGUCGAGGUGCACGAAGCUCGUCGCGCGAGCAAGAAGCCGGUACGCUCGCUCUUGAAGGCCUCCAUCGCCAAGUCCUUCCCUUUAUUCUGCGUCGAAUGAAGGAGGAUGUGCUGCACGACCUCCCACCGAAAAUCAUCCAAGACCUGUAUUGCGAUCUGAGUCCGCUGCAGGUUCGCUUGUUUGAGCACUUUUCUCAGUCCCAGGGCGGUGAAUUGCAACAAGCCGUCUUACGGGCUGACGAACAGGCUACGACAGCCAUGGAUGUUGAUGAUGAUGAUAAUCAUGAUAACGGCCAUGAGGGUCCUGCCAAAGCCAAGGGCAACAGCAAGGCCAACGCCAGCGGAGGCGCAAAGCACAUCUUUGAGGCUCUCCAGUUCUUGCGGCAGCUGUGCAACCAUCCAAGUCUUGUGCUGCAACCCAAGCACCCAUUGUACAAUUCAAUCCGCGCAGAACUUCCCCAAGGCACAUCCAUCUCUGACUACCAGCAGUCUCCAAAACUUGAGGCGCUGCGCCAGCUGCUUUUGGACUGCGGCAUUGGCGCCUCUGCUGCUGGCAGCGCUGCUGCGGCUUCUGCGACGAGCACUGGGCGUCAAACUGCCGCGGCUGCAUCCAAUGCCGCGGAGGCCAGCGUGCUUGAAGGCGCAGUGUCACAGCAUCGUGCCCUCGUCUUUUGUCAGACCAAAGGCAUGCUGGAUUUGAUUACAAAGCAGCUUCUCGAUGCUCACAUGCCGACAGUAUCCUACUUGCGUCUCGAUGGCUCCAUUCCGCCGCUGGAGCGGUUUGCCAUUGUCACCAAGUUCAACGAGGAUCCCUCCAUCGACCUCUUGCUGCUCACCACGCAUGUGGGUGGUCUCGGCUUGAAUCUGACGGGUGCGGACACGGUCAUUUUUAUCGAUCACGAUUGGAACCCGUCGCGCGACUUGCAAGCAAUGGACCGUGCACACCGCAUUGGUCAGCGCAAGGUCGUGAACGUGUAUCGCCUGAUUACGCGUGGCACACUCGAGGAGAAGAUCAUGAGUCUGCAGCAGUUCAAGCUGAACAUUGCCAAUACCGUCAUCACGCAAGAGAACUCGAGCCUGCGUUCGAUGGACACUGGCCAGUUGCUCGACUUGUUCACCUUGCCCGCGAGUGCAGGAGCCAGUACGAGCGGUUUGAAUCCGGCAUCCGCAGCGGGCAAGAGCGCCGCAGCCAGUGCUGGAGUCGGUGGCGCUGCAAGCGCUGUGAUUGAGUCUCUGGGCGAGCUGUGGGACGAUCAGCAGUACGCCAGCGAGUACAAUGUGAACGAUUUUCUCGUCUCGCUGGAGGGCGGUUCACGACCGGCGAGCAAGCGGAAAACGGCCAGCUCUCGCAAGUGAUCGGGUGGCGCGUUGUUUUGUUUUUGCGUUGUACCUGUACUAUCGUCUUCAUUGUGAUUCAAUUUGUUUUUCUAUUCUUGCCAGCCAAUGCAAGCGCGUACAUCGUGAAGAAUGAGGCGUUUUGUAGAAUGGAUGCCUUGUCAGGCC